GCUUUAAGUAGUUCAAUAAUGUAUUUAUGGGUUGUGUUUAGUUGAAGUUUGUGAGUAGGGUUCGUAGCAGGAUUUUGUUUUUACGCUGUUAUGUCAGAAGAUGUCGCUGUACGACUGCUGUCUGCGCAUGUAAACACCAGCUGUUUCACUCAACUAGCUGCUCCGGCUACAUGCUGUCAAACAGGUUGCCUAACCUUGUUAGCCAUGCACACACUUUUGGGGUAGAUUAUUGUGUUUACGCUUGUAAGAAGGCGCUUGACAAUUUGUAUACGAUUAAGUGAAGAUGCGAUGAUGUGACUGCAUGUAGAAAAAAACCUGGAGAUGGACAAGAACAAACUCUCUACUUUCCAGGACUUUGACCAUAAACAUCAGAGGGGACCGAGGAAAAAGCCAGCAGAGCCCCAAACAUCAUCAGCAUCAGCGCCAGCUCUGAUUCUGCCAAAUCCAUAUGCGUCAGAUCACAUUUCAAGAGGGAGCUGGUCAAGUCUGAGCCCAAAGACAGCGGAAAGAGGAGGAGAUGCACCAAGGAGUCAUGGCUACAGCAGCAGCCGCCCUGUUAGAGAGACCAAUGAUGAUUCCCUACAGAGAGACAGGACCAACCGGGAUCCACAAGCAAAGACACCUCAAAACAAAAAUGACACUCAAGGCAGAAUCAUGGGCAAGAACUCAGUGGAUGUACAGAAAAAAGGUUUUAAAGGUACGAGGUCUGCCCCGACCUCUGCAGGGAAGCCAAAACAAGCACAGGCAAACUUGGUCCCAUUUGAAGUGAAGAUGGUGGAUUUUCCAGAACUGGCUGGUGUUUCAACUGGGAAAGGAGCUCCUCCUGCUGCUCAGAAAGAGUGCUGGGGUCCCGGUCCUCCAGCCACAAGACCCCAAACUCCAAAAUUGGCACCUUCCUGGAAGUCUGGCAACAGAGGAUCCCCAACUCUACCUGAUCCCCGGCAGUGUGCCACUGAUGUCAAGCCAGAAAGUCCAGUUAUCCAAGCAGGUCAACCGGUGGUGACGUCCUGGGCUAACAUUGCCUCUCAGCCUCCGAAGAAACCUGUUCAAAAUGACAAGACAAUCAGCUGUAACAAUAUGGAGAUGGAGAACGUGGCUGCACAGCAGGAAGAAGUAGCCUCAGGGAAGAAAAAACGAAAGAAAAAGAAGAAGGCUAAAAGCAGCGGCGGGGAUGCGGGAGUGGACUUGUCAGAGCCAGCAAUUUAUCAAGAGCCCCCAAAAUUUGAGGACGAAGAGGAGUUCCCGGGCUUGACUCUUGCUUUCACGAGGACUGAAAGGUUAACAAUCAGCAGCAAUACAAAACUAUGCAACGAGGAAAACCAAAGAGAAGGAAGUCAGCGUCAGUCUGCAGACCAAAACUGGGAAAAGUCACCUGCAGCAAAAACGCAGCCCACAGAAACGGAAAAAAAAGGGCAGAAAAAUGAGAAAGUCUCUGGGAAAAAGAGCAAGGUUCCCAUGCAGCUGGACAUUGGAAACAUGUUGGCCACCCUGGAAAAGAAGCAGCAGUCUCAGAAAGCCAAGCAGGACGCUAAGCCAGUCAUUCUCACAGUUGGUGGAGGACUGCCUGUUGUUCAGAAGCAAACAUCUGCCCAGAAGAAGCCUCCGUGGCAGCAGGAUAAAAUUGCACACAAUCCCCUGGACUCCACCAGCCCUUUGGUAAAGAAAGGCAAGCAGAGAGAGGUGCCCAAAACCAAGAAACCAACUCCCCUCAAAAAGGUCAUUUUGAAAGAGAGAGAGGAGAGGAAACAGAGGCGUUUGCUGGAGGAGAGAGGACUGCUGCCUGAAAACGAGUCUAAACUUGUUAAUAACUGUACCGAAAAAGAGCACUGUGACAUAAACACCACAGAUGAGGUUGGCGCUCCUGCAGAGGGACUUGACGAGUUAAAUAACACAAGCCAGAUUGUGGGAGAGGGUGAUGAAGAGACUGACACAAACGAGUCCGUACAGCAACAAAUCUCCUCACCUCAGCUACACCCGACCAAUGCACCUAAAGUCCACAGCAGAAAGUUCAGAGAUUAUUGCAGCCAGAUACUGAGCAAAGAUGUGGAUGAGUGUGUGACAUCGCUGCUAAAGGAGCUGGUUCGGUUCCAGGACCGCCUGUACCAGAAGGACCCCAUGAAGGCCCGCAUGAAGAGACGGAUCGUGAUGGGCCUUCGGGAGGUCCUCAAGCACCUCAAACUCAGGAAAAUCAAGUGUGUCAUUAUUUCACCUAACUGUGAACGCAUCCAAUCUAAAGGUGGCCUGGACGAGGCUCUCCACACAAUCAUCGAUACAUGUCGUGAACAGGGACUGCCGUUCGUAUUUGCGCUCUCCAGGAAAGCUUUGGGACGCUGCGUCAACAAGGCUGUGCCUGUCAGCCUGGUCGGCAUCUUCAACUAUGAUGGUGCACAGGAUUACUAUCAUAAGAUGAUUGAGUUGUCCUCUGAGGCCAGGAGAGCUUACGAAGCGAUGAUAUCAAGCCUGGAUCAGAGCGACCAGGCAGAGACAGAGCUUGAAGCAAAGACUGAGGAACCUGCACCUGAUUUGGUUAUAACACAGCCAGAGGAACCAGAGUACAUAAAAAUCUGGAAGCAAAUGUUGGAGGAGGAGUAUAACUACACAUUACUGAACUUUGAGGAGCAGCAGCACUCCAUGCACCUGGACGAUGAAUGUAGUGAAAACAUUGACGAUGAAGAAAGUUAGCAGUUGUGAAGCUUUUUUUUUUUUUUUUUUGCCUGAAAAGUCGACCCAAUCUUUCUCAUCGUACUCGCAAGAAAAAAGAGCCGUGCAAGGCUACUGUGCUGGAAGUGGCUCUCAAGCCGGGGCCCGCAGCCUUCCAGGACUUUGUCAGAAUCAUGUUGCUAUUAUUUCUAAUGAAUUGUGAUUUCUUAAUUAAGGUAAAUCACCAACUUCAUGGGGCUGAACUUGAAGAGAUCCCACAAUAUGAAUUAUCAGCAGCUUUUUGGUGCUGCGUUGAGGAUGUUAAGGGGCUGUUGCAGUAAAUGUGCAUUACACAGUCCUUACAAAUUCUAUGUUACGAUUUGACUCUGCAUUUUGAAGCCAUCAUGUUGCAUUUAGGUUUUUCUUACUAAUUAGUUUCAGUUAAAAGUGUUCUGGCAUUUGAAAUGAAACGUGACAUAUUAGUGACAUUCCCUGACUGUACUUAAUCCCUGAGCUCUACAGGCUGCGGUAAGAUUUGAAGGUUUUGAAUAAAAAGUUGUGUGUCACCCUUUGUAAACAUGUGGAAAAAUAGUACAUUUAAAUUUUAAAGUUCAGGAAUGUGUAUAAAAAAAUUUGAUGGUGUAGGGAAAAAAAAAAAAUCAACACAAAGCAAUUUAUACUAGAAGAUGAACACAAGAAAUACUGCGGUACCUGUGACUUGUAUCGUGGAAGUAUAGAGUGCACACAGCACAGUCGGAUCUUUUAUUAAUAUUUACUGUAUACUUACUUUGUGACUUUCACACUGCUUAGAAUUGGUAUGUUGCACGAGUUUCACACAAUUUUCUUAGUUUGUGCAGAAAUGUUUAGAUAUUCAUAUUUUUCCCCAAAAAUGCAAAACUUUUCUACACAUUCAGUUCAGUUUUUGGCAGGUUUACACAGCCUAAUAACAACUCUCACAGUCAAAAUGCAACGACUCUCACAGUUUAAAACACUCAGAUCCAUUAAACAAAGUUUUUUUUUUUUUAGGUAGAAAUGAAGCUGAGAUUUUAAUUUCUGAAUGUAUUAGGUGGUUUUAUAUUUUAGUGAGAAAUGCUUUUAAAAAAAAAAAAAAA